AUGUUAUUGCAGACAUGCUGGGAAAUGCUGGAAUCAAAUGUCACAGCACAGCGCAUUACAGAGUUUGUCAUCACUGGGUUAGACCACCUGCCCAAUAAGAAGAUUCUUGGACUUCUAAUAUUGGUCACAUAUUCCCUUAUACUGCUCGGUAGCAGUGCUAACAUAUGUAUCAUUGCAUCAGAUAGGCACCUGCACAGGCCAAUGUACAUAUUCAUUUGUAACCUGGCUGUUAUUGACAUCAUGUUCACAACCAGUGCUAGCACAACUCUGAUCGCUCUGCUGCUUGCUGGGGUCCGAAACAUUUCAUAUCACUCAUGUAUUUCUCGCAUGUUUGUGUACCACCUGGGUGAUAUCUGUCUUUGUUUUGCCCUGACCUUGAUGGCAUUUGACCGCAUGAUUGCCAUCAGUAAUCCACUGCGGUACCACAGCAUCCUCACCAAUUCGCGAACGUUUGCACUAAUUGCCCUGUCCUGGAUGAUUGGUAUAGCAGCCAUAGGAGUGCUGACAGGAAUUGUUGACAGACUUCCCUACUGCCAGCCCCUCCUCAAAUACAGCUUCUGUGAUUAUCCUGUUCUGGUGAGGGCUGCUUGCGUUGACCCAGAACCAUAUUUUGUGCCCUCCACCAUUCUGCUUAUGUGGUUGCUGGGUGGACACUUCCCACUCAUACUGGCAACAUAUGUGAAGAUCAUCUACACUGUGGUGAGACUGGCUGACACCGAGGGUCGAAAGCAGAUGAUCAGCACAUGUCUGAGUCACACUGUUGUUGUGUUCUGUUACUACGCUCCUAAAUUAGUUUCGGGAUUGUUAACAAGAGUUGGUGUCACUCUGAAUUUGACAGAGAGGAAUGCACUAAUGAUAAUCUCAACUCUUGUACCCUCACUAAUGAAUCCAACUGUUUAUUGCUUCAGAACAAAAGAGAUCAGAAGCAGGCUGAUUCAAAUACUGAAAAGGAACCGUGCAUUAGCUAUAAAGUAG